GGCGCGGCCUUACGCCGCUGACGCAGCGCGCCCAAGAUGGCGGCGCGGUCGUCGUCUGGGCUGGCGGUAGCAGAGGGGGCGGCGGCCGUGGCGGCAGCGGCUGUGGCAGCUGUGACAGCGGCGGCGGCGACGGCGCGGGACCUGGGUCAGGGGCAAUGAGGCGACCGCGACGGGCCAGCGGCAGAGCCGUGUAGCGGAAAAGCGAUCCUCCCUUCUUCCCUUGGCUGAGCCGGGGGCGCGCGCGCGCGCGCGAUCGUCCGGAGCAGGCUCCCCACCCCUCGACUCUCGCGACCCACACCGCACCCCCACCCGGGCUCGGAGGAUGAUGAAGCUCAAGUCGAACCAGACCCGCACCUACGACGGCGACGGCUAUAAGAAGCGGGCCGCAUGCUUGUGUUUUCGAAGCGAGAGCGAGGAGGAGGUGCUACUCGUGAGCAGUAGUCGGCAUCCAGACCGAUGGAUUGUCCCUGGAGGAGGCAUGGAGCCUGAGGAGGAGCCAGGUGUGGCAGCAGUCCGUGAAGUCUGUGAAGAGGCUGGAGUAAAAGGAACAUUGGGAAGAUUAGUUGGAAUUUUUGAGAACCAGGAGAGGAAGCACAGAACCUAUGUCUAUGUGCUAAUUGUCACGGAAGUGCUGGAAGACUGGGAAGACUCAGUAAACAUUGGAAGGAAGAGGGAGUGGUUUAAAAUAGAAGAUGCCAUAAAAGUGCUGCAGUAUCACAAACCGGUGCAGGCAUCAUAUUUUGAAACGUUGAGACAAGGCUACUCAGCCAACAAUGGCACCCCUGUCGUGGCCACCACGUACUCGGUUUCUGCUCAGAGCUCAAUGUCAGGCAUCAGAUGACUGAAGACUUUCUGUAAGAGAAAAGGAAAUUGGAAAUGAGACUGAAGUGCAGAUCUUCCCUCUCACCCUGGCUCUUUUCACUUCUCCUCACAGGCCUCCUCUUUCAAAUAAGGCAUGAUGGGCAGCAGAGAAAGGGUGUAUUCAUAAUGUUGCUGUUUGGUGUUAAGUGAUGGGGCUUUUUCUUCUCUUUUUAUUGAGGGGGUGGGUGUGGGUAUGUAAUUUGUAAGUACUUUUGUGCAUGAUCUGUCCCUCCCUUUUUGCACCCCUAUAGUCCUCUGAAGAUAGGCAAACAGUCUUCCCCUUUCCUUGGAUUCUGAAGUAUUCCUGUUUGUCUCAUCCCAGCCCUGGCCAGACAUUUUUCUUUGAUUCUUAAUUUUUUUUUUUUAUUAAAAGAAUCCAAUGUGAGAUGAAACCUUUCAAGAAUUUGUCUUAUAAUGUAAUGUUAAGUUCAGUAAGUUGGUCUUUUUCACUGCAGGAUACAUUUAUCUACACAUUAUAUACUGGACAUAUAAUAUGUAAAUAAAUGAGUUAGAGGAA